AUGCUCUUCUUGAGGAGAAUAGCAGCUGCUGCCACGGCGCUGCUGGCGACAACAUCAGCCCAGACAUACUCGUCGUGCAACCCCCUCCAGUCAACAUCAUGUCCCGCUGAUACGGCCCUGGGCAUGGCCAUCCACGUCGACUUCACCCAAGGGGCCGUCAACUCCUUCGCCUCGUCCGGAAACCCGACCUACGGCUCCGACGGCGUCACCUUCACGGUCGCCGCCUCCGGACAAGCCCCGCAGCUCAUGUCUCUGUUCUACAUCAUGUUCGGCCGCGUCGAAAUCACCCUCAAGGCCGCCACCGGCGCGGGCAUCGUCUCCUCGCUCGUCCUGCAGUCCGACACCCUCGACGAGAUCGACCUGGAAUGGCUCGGCGCGGACCCGACCGAGGUGCAGUCCAACUACUUCGGCAAGGGCGACGUGACGACCUACAACCGCGGCCAGUUCCACAAGACGGACAACAACCAGGAAAAGUUCAUCAAGUACGUCAUCGACUGGACCUCGGAGCGCAUCGUCUUCACCGUCGACGGCACCGUCGUCCGCACCCUCACCGAGGCCGAGGCCGACACGAACCAGUACCCCCAGUCGCCCAUGCAGGUCAAGUUCGGCGCGUGGUCCGGCGGCGACCCCGCCAACGCCGCCGGCACCAUCGACUGGGCACGCGGCCCGACGGACUUCACCAAGGGUCCCUUCCACAUGGUUGUCAAGGACAUCUCCAUCACGGACUACUCCACCGGCAAGGAGUACAAGUACACCGACACCUCGGGCAACUGGGGCUCCAUCCAGGCCGUCGACGGCCAGGUCAACGGGAAUCUGAACGGCGCGAGCACCCUCACAAUCACCGCCAGCGCCGCCGCCGAGACGGGCUCCUCCCCGACGAUCCCCGUUGGCGGUAUCGGCGCCGACGCGUCCGCCACGCUGACGCAGACUGGCUGGCCUUGGGUUGCGAGCGCGAGGCCUACGGGCGGUUCGGUCCCUGAUGGAUGGCGCAUGACGUCGGAGGGCAAGAUUGUGCCCGACGCCGGUAACUCGGUGCGGCCGCAGCUUAUGGUGUUGGCGUCGUUUGUUCUCGGCGUUGUCGCUCUCAUUGGGCGGUGA